UGGGAGAGGUGGGGCGGUGCAAAGGUGAGGCUCAGCAAAACCGAUAACCAGCACUUUCAUUACGUGCACCCCAGAGCCACGUCCCUGCCGCUGUCCUGGUCCUGAAGCCUGUUCUGCCCCAGCCCUCUGCCCGCUGGGCCCAUGCGGCUACUGGGGCUCCUUGGCCUCCUCUGGAUGCUCAAGGCCUCCCCAUGGGCCACAGGAACUUUAUCCAUGGCCACAUCCAUCUCUCAAGUGCCUUUCCCCAGGGCAGAAGCAGCCAGCGCUGCCCUCAGCAAUUCUCCACAUUCCAGAGACCUGGCUGGGUGGCCACUCGGUGUCCCCCAGCUCACCUCUCCUGCUCCUGGCCACAGGGAAAAUGCACCUGUGACGCUCACUACCUCCCCCCAUGACACACUCAUCUCUGAAACAUUGCUCACCUCUCCAGUCAGUUCCAACACCUCAACCACCCCAACGUCCAAGUUUGCCUUCAAGGUUGAAACCACUCCACCCACUGUGUUGGUCUAUUCGGCCACCACUGAGUGCGUGUAUCCAACGAGCUUUAUAAUCACCAUCUCCCACCCCACCUCCAUCUGUGUGACCAUGACACAGGUGGCCUUCACCAGCUCUUACACCCCCACUCCCGUGACACAGAAGCCAGUGACCACCGUCACCAGGACUUACCCUAUGAUCUCUACUGAGAAAGGAAUGUCAGCCGUGACAUCUUCUGCCUCUACCACCACUGCAAGGGAAACUCCCAUAGUGACAGUGACACCCUCGUCCUCUGUGUCAGCCACAGACACAACCUUCCACACUACAAUCUCCUCUACAACUAGAACCACAGAAAGGACUCCCUUGCCCACUGGAAGCAUCCAUACGACCAUGUCCCCAACCCCAGUAUUUACUAGUCUCAAAACAGCAGUGACUUCAACUUUCCCCAUCACUUCCACCAUCACUUCCACAAAUACAGUGACUUCUAUGACAACGACCGCCUCCCAGCCCACAGCCACUAAUACAUUGUCAUCACGCACCAGUACCAUUUUAUCUUCCACACCUGUCCUGAGCACAGAAACAAUCACCAGUGGUAUCACAAACACUACCCCUCUAUCUACCUUGGUGACCACCCUCCCCACUACCAUCACCAGGUCUACACCUACAUCUGAGACCACCUACCCUACUUCUCCCACCAGCACUGUCACAGACUCCACUACCGAAAUCACCUACUCCACAAGUAUGACAGGUACAUUGUCCACAGAGACUUCUCUCCCACCCACCUCUUCCUCUCUCCCAACCACAGAAACAGCCACGACUCCUAUGACAAACUUGGUAACCACCACCACUGAGAUUGCCUCCCACAGUACUCCCACCUUCUCUUCUUCAACCAUCUACUCCACAGUCAGCACAUCCACAACUGCCAUCUCCUCACUUUCCCCUACCUCAGGUACCAUAGUGACUUCUACAACCAUGACCCCAUCUUCUCUGAGUACAGACAUCCCUUCGACAACACCAACAACUAUCACCCAACAUUCUGUGGGCUCUACCGGUUUCCUGACUAUAGCAACAGACCUCACAUCAACAUUCACUGCUUCCAGUUCCUCAGCAAUGUCCACGAGUGUCAUUCCAUCUUCCCCUAGCAUCCAGAAUACAGACACCUCAUCCCUUGUCAGCAUGACCUCUGCCACUACUCCCCGUGGGAGACCAACUUUUGCAAGUACACACAGCACUCCUACAAGUUCCAUUCUGACGACCUUCCCAGCAACAUAUUCAUUUCCAUCUUCCAUGUCUGCCAGCAGUGCCGGGACCACUCACACAGAGAGUAUCUCCUCACCUCCAGCCAGCAGCAGUACACUCCACACAACAGCUGAAUCCACCCUGUCACCCACUACCACCACCUCAUUCACAACUUCCACAAUUAUGGAACCACCUUCAACCACUGUAGCAACUACAGAAACAGGUGAGACCACCUUCACCAGUUCUACAGCCACAUUCCCUGAGACCACUACACUGACUCCUACAACUGACAUGUCCACAGAAUCUCUCACAACAGCUAUGACUUCUCCUCCCAUCACUUUAUCAGUCACUUCCACAAAUACAGUGACUUCUAUGACAACUACGACCUCUCCUCCCACAACCACCAAUUCUUUUACAUCACUGACCAGUAUGACUCUGUCUUCUACACCUGUCCCAAGCACAGAAGCAAUCAGCAGUGGCACCACAAAGACAAUCCCUCCAUCUAUCUUGGUGACCACACUCCUCACUCCAAAUGCCUCAUCUGUGACUACAUUUGAGACCACCUAUCCUAAUUCUCCGACUGGUCCUGGUACAAACUCCAUGACUGAAAUCACCUAUCCCACCACUGUGACAGAGGCAUCAUCCACUGCCACCUCUCUUCCACCCACCUCUCCCUUGGUCUCAACCGCAGAAACAGCCAAAACUCUUACCACAAACUUGGUAACCACCACCACCAAGGCCACCUCACAUAGUACCACCAGCUUCACUUCUUCAACCAUCUACUCCACAGCCAGCACAUACACAACUGCCAUCACCUCAGUUCCCACUACCUUCGGUACCAUGGGAACUUCUACAUCCAUGAUCCCAUCUCCUCUGAGUACAGGUAUCCCUACCUCACAACCAACAACCAUCACUCCCUCAUCCGUGGGCAUCACUGGUUCAUUACCUAUGAUGACAGACCUCACCUCAGUGUACACAGUCUCCAGCAUGUCUGCAAGGCCAACAACUGUCGUUCCCUCAUCUCCCACUGUCCAGAAUACAGAAACCUCAUCCUUUGUCAGCAUGACCUCUGCCACCACUCCCAGUGGGAGGCCAACUUUUGCCAGUACACACAGCACUCUGACAAGUUCCCUCCUGACGACCUUCCCAGGGACAAAUUCAUUUUCGUCUUCCAUGCCUGCCAGCAGUGCCCGGACCACUCACACAGAUAGUAUCUCCUUACCUCCAGCCAUCACCAGUACACUCCACACAACAGCUGAGUCCACCCCAUCACCCACUACCACAACCUCAUUCACAACUUCCACAAUGAUGGAACCACCUUCAUCCACUGUAUCAACUACAGGCACAGGUCAGACCACCUUCCCCAGCUCUACAGCCACAUUCCCUGAGACCACUACACUGUAUCCUACAACUGACAUUUCUACAGAAUCUCUCACAACAGCCAUGACUUCUACUCCUCCCAUCAGUUCUUCAAUCACUCCCACCAAUACAGUGACUACUAUGACAACUACGACCUCUUGGCCCACAGCCACUAAUACGUUAUCAUCACUCACCAGUAGCAUUUUAUCUUCUACACCUGUCCCAAGCACAGAAAUGAUCACCAGUCAUACCACAAACACCACCCCUCUAUCCACCUUGGUGACUACACUCCUCACUACCAUCACCAGGUCUACACCUACAUCUGAGACCACCUACCCUACCUCUCCCACCAGCACUGUCUCAGACUCCACGACCCAAAUCACCUAUUCCACAAGUAUAACAGGUACAUUGUCCACCGCCACUUCUCUCCCACCCACCUCUUCCUUUCUCCCAACCACAGAAACAGCCACGACGAGUCCUACCACAACCUUGGUAACCACCAUCCCCGAUACCACCUCCCACACUACCCCCACCUUCACUUCUUCAACCAUCUACUCCACAGUCAGCACAUCCGCAACUGCCAUCUCCUCAGCUUCCACUAUCUCAGGUACCAUGGUGACUUCCACAACCAUGACCCCAUCUUCUCUGACGACAGACAUCCCUUCGACAACACCAACAACUAUCACCCACCCUUCUGUGGGCUCUACUGUUUUCCUGACUACAGCAACAGACCUCACAUCAACAUUCACUGUUUCCAGUUCGUCAGCAAUGUCCACAAGUGUCACUCCAUCUUCCCCCAGCAUCCAGAAUACAGAAACCUCAUCCCUUGUCAGCAUGACCUCUGCCACUACUCCCAGUGGGAGACCAACUAUCACAAGUACUGACAGCACUCCAACAAGUUCCCUCCUGACGACCUUCCCAAGUACAUAUUCAUUUUCCUCUUCCAUGUCUGCCAGCAGUGCAGGGACCACUCACACAGAGAUUAUUUCCUCACUUCCAGCCAGCACCAGUACAAUCCACACAACAGCUGAAUCCACCCCGGCACCCACUGCCACCACCUCAUACACCACAUCCACAAUGAUCGAACCACCUUCAACCACUGUAGCAACUACAGGCACAGGUCAGACCACCUUCCCCAGCUCUACAGCCACAUUCCUUGAGACCACCACAGUGACUCCUACAACUGACAUUUCUACAGAAUCUCUCACAACAGCCAUGACUUCUAUUCCCCCCAUCAGUUCUUCAAUUACUUCCACCAAUACAAUGACUUCUAUGACAACUAUGACCUCUUGGCCCACAGUCACUAAUACGUUAUCAUCACUCACCAGUAGCAUUUUAUCUUCUACACCUGUGCGAAGCACAGAGAUGACCACCAGUCAUACCACAAACACCAGUCCUGUAUCCACCUUGGUGACCACACUCCCCAUUACCAUCACCAGGUCUACACCUACAUCUGAGACUGCCUACCCUAGUUCUCCCACGAGCACUGUCACAGAGUCCACGACUGAAAUCACCUAUCCCACCACUAUAACAGAGACAUCAUCUACUGCUACCUCUCUUCCACCCACCUCUCCCUUGGUCUCAACCCUAGAAACCGGCAAAACUCCUACCACACGCUUGGUAACCACCACCCCCAAGACCACCUCACAUAGUACCACCAGCUUCACUUCUUCAAUCAUCUACUCCACAGCCAGCACACACACCACUGCCAUCACCUCAGUUCCCACUACCUUGGGUACCAUGGUGACUUUUACAUCCAUGAUCCCAUCUACUCUGAGCACAGGUAUCCCUACCUCACAACCAACAACUAUUACUCCCUCAUCCGUGGGCAUCACUGGUUCAUUACCUAUGAUGACAGACCUCACCUCAGUGUACACAGUCUCCAGCAUGUCUGCAAGGCCAACAACUGUCAUUCCCUCAUCUCCCACGGUCCAGCAUACAGCAACCUCAAUCUUUGUUAGCAUGACAUCUGCCACCACUCCCAGUGGAGGACCAGCUUUCACAAGUACUGAAAACACUCCAACAAUGUCCCUCCUGACAAGCUUUCCAAUGACACAUUCAUUCUCUUCUUCCAUGUCCGAAAGUAGUACCUGGACCACUCACACAGAGAGUAUCUCGUCACCUCCAGGCACCACCAGUAUACUCCACACAACAGUUGAAUCCACCCCGUCACCCACUACCCCCACCUCAUUCACCACAUCCACAACGAUGGAACCACCUUCAACAUCUGUAGCAACUACAGGCACAGGUCAGACCACCUUCCCCAGCUCUACAGCCACAUUCCCUGAGACCACUACACUGACUCCUACAACUGACAUUUCUACAGAAUCUCUCACAACAGCCACGACUUUUACUCCUGCUAUCACUUAUUCAGUCACUCUCACCAAUACAGUGACUUCUAUGACAACUACAACUUCUUGGCCCACAGCCACUAAUACGUUAUCACUCACCAGUAGCAUUUUAUAUUCUACACCUGUCUUGAGCACAAAAACAAUCACCAGUCACGCCACCAAAACCACCCCUCUAUCCACCUUGGUGACCACACUCCCCACUACCAUCACCAGGUCUACACCUAUAUCUGAGACCACCUACCUUACUUCUCCCCCUGGCACAGCCACAGACUCCAUGACCGACAUCACCUACCCCACAAGUAUGACAGGUACAUUGUUCACCGAGACUUCUCUCCCACCCACCUCUUCCUCUCUCCUAACCAUAGAAACAGCCAUGACUCCUACCACAACCUUGGUAACCAUCACCCCUAAGACCACCUCCCACAGUGUUCCCAGCUUCACUUCUUCAACCAGCUACUCCACAAUCAGGACAACCACGACUGCCAUCUCCUCAGCUUUGCCUACCUCAGGCACCAUGAUGACUUCCACAACCAUGACCCCAUCUUCUCUGAGUACAGACAUCCCUUCGACAACACCAACAACUAUCACCCACUCUUCUGUCGGCUCUACUGAAUCCUCGACUACAACAACAAUCCUCUCCUCAACAUUUGCUGUUUCCAGUAGUUCAACAGUGUCCACAAGUGACAUCCCAUCUUCCCCCAACAUCCAGAAUACAGAAACCUCAUCCCUUGUCAGCAUGACCUCCGCCACCACUCCCAGUGAGAGACCAACUAUCACAAGUACUGGGGGCACUCAGACAACUUCCCUCCUGACGAGCUUUCCAGUGACAUAUUCAUUUUCCUCAUCCAUGUCUGCCAGCAGUGUAGGGACCACUCACACUGAGAGUAUCUCCUCACCUCCAGCCAUCACCAGUACACUCCACACAACAGCUGAAUCCGCCCCAUCACCUACAACCACCACCUCAUUCACAAUAUUUACAACGAUGGAAACACCUUCAUCCACUGUAGCAACUACAGGCACAGGUCAGACUAUAUUCACCAGUUCAACAGCCACAUCCCCUGAGACCGCCACACUGACUCCUACCCCUGACGUUUCCACAGGAUCUUUCAAAACAGCAGUGAGUUCUACUCCCUUCAUCACUUCUUCAAUCACCUCCACAUAUAUGGUGACUUCUAUGACAACUACCGCCCCUCUGCCCACAGUCACUAAUAUGUUACCAUUAUUCACCAGUAGCGUUUCAUCUUCUAUGCCUGUCCCAAGUACAGAAGCGAUUGCCAGUGGUACCACAAACACCACCCCUCUAUCUACCUUGGUGAUCACAUUCUCCAGUCCCGAUACCAGUUCUACACCUACAUCUGAGACCACCUACCCUACUUCUCUUACUAGUGCUCUCACAGAUUCCACGACCAGAACCACCUAUUCCACCAGUAUGACAGGUACAUUGUCCACUGUGACCUCUCUCCGACCCACCUCUUCCUCUCUCCCAACCACAGUUACAGCCACAGUUCCUACCACAAACUUGGUAACCAAGACCACCAAGACCACCUCACACAGUACUCCUAGCUUCACUUCUUCAAUCGCAACCACCGAGACCCCCUCACACAGUACUCCCCGAUUCACUUCUUCAAUCACCAAUACCAAGACCACCUCACACAGUACUCCAAGCUUCACUUCUUCAAUCACCACCACCGAGACCACCUCACACAGUACUCCCAGCUUCACUUCUUCAGUCACCACCACCGAGACCACCUCACACAGUACUCCCAGCUUCACUUCUUCAAUCACCACCACCGAGACCACCUCACACAGUACUCCUAGCUUCACUUCUUCAAACACCACCAACGAGACCCCCUCACAGAGUACUCCCAGCUUCACUUCGUCAAUCACCACAACAGAGACCACCUCAUACAGUACACCCAGCUACACUUCUUUGCUCACCACCACCGAGACUACCUCACAGAGUACUCCCAGCUUCACUUUGUCAAUCACCACAACAGAGACCACCUCAUACAGUACACCCAGCUACACUUCUUUGCUCACCACCAGCGAGACUACCUCACACAGUACUCCCAGCUUCACUUCAUCGAUCACCACUACCGAGACCACCUCACACAGUACUCCUAGCUUCACUUCUUCGAUCACCAACAUCGAGGCCACCUCACACAGUACUCCUAGCUUCACUUCUUCGAUCACCAACACCGAGGCCACCUCAUACAGUUCUCCCAGCUUCACUUCUUUGAUCACCACCGAGACCACAUCCCACAAUACUCCCAGCCUCACUUCUUCAAUCAACACCACUGAGACUACCUCACACAGUACUCCCAGCUUCACUUCUUCGAUCACCACCACUGAGACCACAUCCCACAAUACUCCCAGCUUGACUUCUUCAAUCACCACCACCGAGACCACCUCAUACAGUACUCCUAGCUUCACUUCUUCGAUCACCAACACCGAGGCCACCUCACACAGUACUCCCAGCUACACUUCUUUGAUCCCCACAACCGAGACCACCUCACACAGUACUCCUAGCUUCACUUCUUCGAUCACCAACACCGAGGCCACCUCACACAGUACUCCCAGCUACACUUCUUUGAUCCCCACAACCGAGACCACCUCACACAGUACUCCUAGCUUCACUUCUUCGAUCACCAACACCGAGGCCACCUCAUACAGUUCUCCCAGCUUCACUUCUUUGAUCACCACCGAGACCACAUCCCACAAUACUCCCAGCUUCACUUCUUCAAUCACCACCACUGAGACCACCUCACACAGUACUCCCAGCUUCACUUCUUUGAUCACCAGAAACAAGACCACCUCACACAGUACUCCCAGCUUCACUUCUUCGAUCACCACCACUGAGACCACAUCCCACAAUACUCCCAGCUUGACUUCUUCAAUCACCACCACCGAGACCACCUCAUACAGUACUCCCAGCUACACUUCUUUGAUCCCCACAACCGAGACCACCUCACACAGUACUCCUAGCUUCACUUCUUCGAUCACCAACACCGAGACCACCCCACACAGUACUCCCAGCUUCACUUCCUUGAUCACCACCACCAAGACCACCUCACACAGUACUCCCAGCUUCACCUCUUCGAUCACCACCACCGAGACCCCCUCACACAGUACUCCUGGCCUCACUUCAUGGGUCACCACCACCGAGACCACCUCACACAUUACUCCUGGCCUCACUUCUUCAAUCACCACCACUGAGACUACCUCACACAGUACUCCUGACUUCACUUCUUCAAUCACCACCACUGAGACCACCUCACACAGUACUCCCAGCUUCACAUCUUCAACCAUCUACUCCACAGUCAGUGCAUCCACAACUGCCAUCACCUCACCUUUUACUACCUCAGAGACUGGGGUGACUUCCACGCCUGUAACCCCAUCUUCUCUGAGUACAGACAUCCCAACCACAACCCUACGAAUUCUCACCCCUUCAUCUGUGGGCACCAGCACUUCAUUCACUACAACCACAGACCUUCCCUCUAUACCCGCUGAUAUCAGUAGCUUACCAACCCCAACACACAUCAUUUCAUCUUCUCCCUCCGUCCAAAGUACAGAAACCUCAUCCCUUGUGGGCACAACCUCUCCCACCGUGUCCACUGUAAGAGCGACCCUCAGAAGUACUGAGAACACCCCAAUCAGUUCCUUUAGCACAAGUAUUGUUGUUACACCUGAAACCCCAACACAGACCCCUCCUGUACUGAUGUCGGCCACUGGGACCCAAACAUCCCCUGUACCUACUACUGUCACCUUUGGAAGUAUGGAUUCCUCCACGCCCACUCUUCAUACUCUUACUCCAUCAACAGCCUUGAGCACGAUCAUGUCAACAUCACAGUAUCCUGUUCCUAGCACACAUUCCUCCACCCUUCAAACAACUCCUUCUACUCCCUCAUUGCAAACUUCACUCACAUCUACAAGUGAGUUCACUACAGAAUCCUUCACUAGGGGAAGUACAUCUACAAAUGCAAUCUUGACUUCUUUUAGUACCAUCAUCUGGUCCUCAACACCCACUAUCAUCAUGUCCUCUUCUCCGUCUUCUGCCAGCAUAACUCCAGUGUUCUCUACUACCACUCAUUCUGUUCCUUCUUCACCAUACAUUUUCAGUACAGAAAAUGUGGGCUCCUCUUCCAUCACAGCCUUUCCUACUCUCUCUUCCUCUGCAACUACCAGCACUUCUCCUACCAGCUCCUCUCUGACCACAGCUCUCACCGAAAUAACCCCCUUUUCUUAUAUUUCCCUUCCCUCCACCACACCCUGUCCAGGAACUGUAACAAUUACCAUAGUCCCUGCCUCUCCCACUGAUCCGUGUGUUGAAAUGGAUCCCAGCACUGAAGCUCCUUCUCCUCCCACCACCCCAUUAACAGUGUUUCCCUUUACUACCGAAAUGGUCACCUGUCCUAGCUCGAUCAGUAUUCAAACUACCCUUACUACAUAUAUGGACAUUUCUUCCAUGACGCCAGAAAGUGAGCCCAGCAUCACACCCAAUGCUUCCAGUUCCACUGGCACUGGGACUGUACCCACAAACACAGUUUUCACAAGUCCUCAAAUGCCCACCAGUGAGACCUGGCUGAGCACCAGCUCUGUGAUUCCUCCACCUCUUCCUGGCGUCUCUACUGUCCCGCUCACCACGAAACCAAGCAGUAGCCUCCCGACCAUCCUGAGGACUUCAAGCAAGUCAACACACCCCUCCCCACCAACCACCAGGACUUCAGAGACACCAGUGGCCACUACCCAGACUCCUACCACCCUUACAUCGCGCAGGACAACUCCCAUCACUUCUCAGAUGACCACACAGUCCACGUUGACCACCACUGCAGGCACCUGUGACAAUGGUGGCACCUGGGAACAGGGCCAGUGUGCUUGCCUUCCGGGGUUCUCUGGGGACCGCUGUCAGCUCCAGACCAGAUGCCAGAAUGGGGGUCAGUGGGAUGGCCUCAAGUGCCAGUGCCCCAGCACCUUCUAUGGUUCCCAUUGUGAGUUUGCUGUGGAACAGGUGGAUUUAGAUGUAGUGGAGACCGAGGUGGGCAUGGAAGUGUCUGUGGAUCAGCAGUUCUCGCCGGACCUCAAUGACAACACUUCUCAGGCCUACAGGGAUUUCAACAAGACCUUCUGGAAUCAGAUGCAGAAGAUUUUUGCAGACACGCGGGGCUUCACCUUCAAGGGUGUGGAGAUCCUGUCCCUGAGGAAUGGCAGCAUCGUGGUGGACUACCUGGUCCUGCUGGAGCUGCCCUUCAGCCGCCAGCUGGAGAGCGAGUAUGAGCAGGUGAAGACUGCGCUGAAGGAGGCGCUGCAGAACGCCAGCCAGGAUGCGAACAGCUGCCAGGACUCCCAGACCCUGUGUUUUAAGCCUGACUCCAUCAAGGUGAACAACAACAGCAAGACCGAGCUGACCCCGGAAGCCAUCUGCCGCCGCGCCGCUCCCACGGGCUAUGAGGAGUUCUACUUCCCCUUGGUGGAGGCCACCCGGCUCCGCUGUGUCACCAAAUGCACGUCGGGCGUGGACAACGCCAUCGACUGUCACCAGGGCCAGUGCGUUCUGGAGAGGAGCGGUCCCGCGUGUCGCUGCUACUCCACCGACACGCACUGGUUCUCUGGCCCGCGCUGCGAGGUGGCCGUCCACUGGAGGGCGCUGGUCGGGGGCCUGACGGCGGGCGCCGCGCUGCUGCUGCUGCUGCUGCUGCUGGCGCUGGGCGUCCGGGCGGUGCGCUCCGGAUGGUGGGGCAGCCUGCGCCGAGGCCGGUCCUGGGACCAGGACAGGAAAUGGUUCGAGACCUGGGAUGAGGAAGUCGUGGGCACUUUUUCAAACUGGAGUUUCGAGGACGAAGGAACAGACAAGCAUAAAAAUUUCCAUGUGGCCUUGGAGAACGUGGACACCACUGUGAAGGUGCACAUCAAGAGACCCGAGAUGACCUCAUCCUCAGUGUGAGCCCUGCGGGGUCCCUUCACCACCCGCUCCGCCCUGCUCCGGACACAAGGGUCUGCAUUGCGUCCAUUUCAAGAGGUGGCCCCAGGACGCGGACAGCCCAGGCUCCUGCUGUUCUUGGGCAAGAUGAGACUGUUCCCCCAAAUCUCAUCCUUCUCUUUCCAACUUGGCUGAAACCCACCUGGAGAUGCAGUUCAUGUCCAGGCUCUUCCACUGUGGAACCUUGGGCAAGUCAGUAACGAGCCUGUUUCCUCACCUGCAAAACGGGUACAACAUUCCUGUAUGAUAUCUCACGCCGUUGUUGUGAAAGCCACAUAGACUUGGUCAAUUCUCGGUCCUACUCUGCCCUCCCGUCUCAGCCCUCAUGCUGCCAUUGCCUCUCUGGGAUCCUCCAAUCCUCCUGUCCUUCACCUGGUCUCUGGCCCUGGUUCCUAUUUUCUCUCAAUUCCCUACUGCCUGUUUCUUACCUUGAACCUGGAGGCAGCCUGCAGCCCCAUCCCAUCUCCUGCCCUCUCCUGAUCUAACUGCCUGCUGCGUCUCUUGCGCUCAUUCCUUAGAUGUCCUCCCCUUCUGACCCCAUUCCUUCAUCCAUCCUGCCCCCCAGUCCCCCAGCCCUAAAUCCUCCCUCCUCUCCUCACAUCCCGGUCCCUAGCAAGGUAUAGAUAGCCUCUGUGUCUUAGGAUACCCCAGCUGCUGUUCCCCCCAUCACCCUGUUGCCCAAUUCACUGUUUCUCUUGCUCUCAUUCCUUGUAUCCUCUCCCCUUCUGAGCCUGUCCAUUCAUCAGUUCUGCCCCCGACUCCCCCUGACCUAAAUACCCCAGCUGCUGUUUCCCCCAUCACCCUGCUGCCCAAUUCUUUAUUCUCCACCCCUUUCUCUCACCCCUGGAGCCCCGUGGGUGGGGGCAGGCCAUGAGUUCCCCAGUCCCCAAGGAAAGGCAGCCCCCUCAGUCUCCCUCCUCCUCAUUCCCUUCGAUCCUCCUCCCUUCUCGCCUCGCCACUGCCUUUUAAACCCAUCCCCUCCGUUUCCCCUCCUCCCCACUCUCUGCCUGGUGUCACCUGGAUUCCUGCGGUAACUCUGAGCCCUUGAAAUCCUCAGUCUCCUGGGCUGGGAAGAUUGGCUUUGGGGACAGGAAGUCGGCACAUCUCCAGGUCUCCAUGUGAACACAGUAUAGAGUUUAUUGUAAAAAGCA